CACAAGAGGCUCUGGAUCAAAGUGAAACUUCGCUGUUGCUGAGCCGGAGUUAACACGAUCUGCUUCCUGUGGCUGUUAAAAAUGUUGUUGUAUUUGCACUUGCUGUUAUUCUGUUUAUUCCCCAUUGACAGGGGGGAUUUUUCUCCUCCGCGUUUCAAUGUGAGUUUGGAGGUGCCCGCUGAGCAGCGCUGGGAGCCGGUGCUGAAACAUUACGAUGCGGCGCAGCUCCGUAAGAUCAUGCAGCAUGUAAUCGGCUCUAUCGCUCCAAAAUGGGUGGUUUCCAUCAUUGAACUUCUGGCACACCAGCUCAGCUGGAUAUUACCACAACCCUAUGAAACAGAAAUUCAAGGACUAAGUAAAGCACUAGAUUUAAGCCUUGGAGAAGGACUUCUUAUCAAUCUUGCUUAUGAACUUUCUAGCUUUUGCACCAGUAUUGUUGUCCAAGACACAAAAGGAAACAUUUACCAUGGUAGAAAUCUGGAUUAUGCAUUCAGUGAUGCUUUAAGAUCGCUCACAGUUGACCUACAAUUUGUCAAGAAUGGUCAGAUUGUCUACACAGGAACAACAUUCAUUGGCUUUGUAGGUUUAUGGACUGGACAAAGACCAAAUAAAUUUACUAUCUCUGGAAAUGCAAGAGUUAACAGAGAUUGGUGGAGAACUGUCAUUGCUGCUCUUUUCAAAAGAAGCCCUCCUCCGAGCUGGCUGAUUAGAGAUACGCUCCUAGAAGCUGGGGAUUUCCAAGCAGCUUUGAAGAAGUUGGCCUAUUCCCCAAUCACUGCUGAUGUAUACUACAUUUUAGGUGGAGUUCGACCAACUGAAGGUGUGAUUAUAACAAGAAAUCUUAGUGGGCCUGUUGAUAUCUGGCCUUUGAUUCCGAUGAAUGGACAGUGGUACAGAGUGGAAACAAAUUAUGAUCAUUGGAAAAAUCCUCCACCAUUCGAUGACCGAAGAACACCAGCUGUGCAUGCUCUCAAUACUACAGGUCAAAAUAACAUCAAUUUACAAGCAUUGUUAAAGAUUCUUACUGUUAAACCAGUAUUGAAUAAAUCCACUGUCUAUACAACAUUAAUGUGUGCGGCUCAGCCGUAUUACUACAGGACAUUAGUUCGGACUUAAAACAGAAUACAUUGGAAAUUGGCCAAAGAUUGACACUUGAAACAUGUGCACUGUUGAAUUAGAAGAUAAAGCAAUUGAGGAUUGUUGGGUGUUUCUUGUCAGUCUUCCUACUUAUUAUGAUGCCCCUUUCCAAACCUCAAGCAUAGAUCGUGGCUGUGUUUUCUCUGAUUUCUACUGCACAUUUUCCAAAGCUUUCAGUUUGGAAACUUUACAAAUCAACUUGUAGAUUUCAAAUUAAAUUCCUGGUAUGAUCUAAAAGAUUUCUAUUUUUGAUUUUGAUUUGAGUAAAAUGUGGAAAAGCAUCUUGAUCAGUUUUGUUUUAAUUCAUAACUAACAGAAGAUUGGAAAUUGAAUUCUGAAGCCAUCUGAUGGCAAUUAAUACAGCAUCAAUAAUCAGCUGGAAAAGAUAGGAUUUGUGUAAAUAAUGUUUAAUAAAUCUGAAUGUCGAGAGAA